AUGGAUUUGAAAGGCUCAAAUUUCGAUGAAAUCAAGAUGAACAACCUUUUUACCAUUGCUUUAUGUUUCGCCUUCGCCGCCACAACUCUGGCUUUUAACCCAAUGAUGAUGGGCGGUAUGGGUAUGAUGGGUGGUAUGGGUAUGAUGGGUGGUAUGAUGAACCCUUACAUGAUGGGUAUGGGAGGACUUGGUAUGAUGGGAGGUAUGGGAGGACUUGGUAUGAUGGGCAUGGGAGGUAUGGGUAUGAUGGGUGGUAUGUACAACCCAAUGAUGAUGGGUUAUGGUGGACUCGGUAUGCUCGGUGGAAUGGGUGGAUACGGUAUGAUGGGCGGUAUGAUUGGAAAAUAAGACAACCGUGCCCCGAUUUCGAAUCUUGUAAUAUUUGUAAAAUAAAUAAAUUGUAUUAAAAUUUUAUCAGU